GCCAUCCUGCGUGUGCUCAGAUUUUUGUACGCAUGCUCCUUUCUUUCUAUUUCUUUCUAUCUGCCAAAGCCUUCCAAAGAGAUCUGCUUGUCCUCAUUUGGAAAACGCAGACCUGUGAACAUUAAAAUGUAGCCAGCCGUAGCUCGCUAAAAGAUUCGAUUGGAUCUUUCAAUACUAUAAAAGUAUGGCGUUCUCCAAAAGGGUUUGUAUCUUUUUCUCCUGUGAUCUACUUCUUUUCGCUGCUGCAUUUCCAGAACAGAUUGGUUGUCAAGGAAAUAUAUCUCCUCGCUGCUAAAAGUUGCUGCUAAACGAUGGAGAAGGAUGGGUGCAUUAUUAUUUUAAAAGGCACAAACACACACACAAGUAUCAGGUGCAAAAGUCUCUACCUCGGAACUUGUACCAUAAUGAAGUGAGAGCCGUGUGACCAUUAAAGCUUGGCCAUGGAGUUCUGAAGCACUCCUGUGCUCUCUCAAUCUAAUCAAAGGAGAAGACGACUCUAAGCCAUCUGAUACUAUGAGAAUCUUGAGUUGGGUGCAAAACAAGUUUCAGGAAAGGCAGGAGAAGAAGAGACUAGAUGCUGUCGUGAAAUCAGCUCAUCUGCCUCAUUGUUCUUUACCUGUUGAUCCAAAGGAAGAAUUCAAAGAUUGGCCACAAUCACUACUGGCAAUUGGAACAUUUGGUGACACUGAAAUCAAGGAAGAAUCUCACAGUGGUCAUCACUUCCAAUGUAUAGAAGCUUCACAAGACUUAUCUGAUUUUGGUGUUGAAGAAUUCAACCAGUUAAAGAAAGAGCUAAAAAAGUUGCUCUCACUCAAGUCAAAAUGCAAGUCAAAAUCCAGCAGCAGCAGUAAUGGAUCAGAGAUCAUGGAAGAGGGCGGAGGAAAUAUGCCAUUAAAUAGAUUUCUGAAUUUCCCAUCGAGAUUGGGGGUCGAUAAGGCAUUGAGUACGAGUCUGGAGAGCUUGGCAAGUGACAACAAUGGUGAUAUCUCCCCGAGUUCAAAGAUGAUCCUUGUUAGCAAAGUGAAAGACAUGUUGCUGGAAAAUCCUAAAGCACUUAAGAAGAAAUCAGUCUCUUUUAUCAUCAAGAAGAUGUUUGUAUGCAGCAGUGGAUUUGCACCGGCUCCAAGCUUGAGGGAUCCAAUUCCAGAGUCAAGGAUGGAGAAGAUGUUAAGAGCAAUUCUCACCAAGAAGAUACACCAGCAAAGUUCUGCUCCAACUGCUUCGAAGAAGUGCAUAGAAAAUAAAUCAACAGAGGAAACACAGGCUGUAGAAGAAGGGGAUGAUAAGGGCAAGGACAAGUGCAAAUGGGUCAAGACAGAUUCAGAUUUUAUUGUUCUAGAGAUCUAGGAACCCAGUGAUCAGCAAUUUUCAUGGUUCAUGAAGUUUCUCUCCAAUAAAAACACAAGAACACCACGAAGAUCAUAAUAAGAAUGCACAUGUGGAUGGAAGCAUGAAGUGGAUUAUAAAUGGCAUUGUUCAUACUUUUGAGUAAUGGAGUGUCUUGCGCUUCUAACAUGCAAAGAACGAGAAGAUUGAAUCUUAGUAUGAUGAACAAAAUGCACACUACUUGUAACUUUCCCUUAUUGUUCAUCUUCAGAUUUGCAGAAUUUGAUUUUUUUUCAAAAAAAAAACUUGUGUUUUUUAUUUGAUGAAUUAUAUGUGUCAAAGACAUCGUCACAGCAAUUAAUAGUCACCUUGUAAUGGUACAGUGAUUAAGA